GUUUUCAGAAACAUGGCGUUCAGAUUCCUCCUCCUAGUCCUCCCUGCGCUGGUGCAUGCCCGCAUCAACGUGGAGCUCACCGGCAAGUUCGAGAACGACAACUCGGACAUGAAGGUUCAUUACUCUGGCAGCCAGAUGGACAUCAUCUCCGAGCAGGAGAGAACCAGCUUCAGCUUAGGAGACAACAAUCUCAAGAACGCCGUUAACACCUACUUCGGCAGACGCCCUGACGACGCCUUCCUUAAAAGCCCUACUCCCUGGGGAGAUCUGUACAGGACUUACAACUGGAACCAGGUUGCGAGGACCUUAGUGCCGAAAAGCGGUAAGGUUCUGAAGAUCACUUCUCAGCCUCUGAUCGUUAUGCAGCAAGUUUUUGAGAACAACAGCACGAUGCCGGCUACUUUCAACGUUGGCAUCUCACACUCCGUUGAGAACCGUGUUUCGUCUCACUGGACCAAGGGUGGCGAGCUUUCUGUAGAACAGGAGAUCAGCUAUGGGAUUGAUAUUGAGGUGGCCAAUCUGGGUGGCUCUACUACCUUCAGCUACACAUCCGCUUGGGGUAUCGGUGCCGAGAAAUCCGAAGCUGUGACCAUCGGAGCUACGUCAUCCAUGGAAGUCUUACUCCAGCCAGGACAAUCUGUGACCACCGAGCUCCACGCUACUAAGGGCACGAUUCUAAUCGAGAUGGAAUACCUGGCCAGCCUUUCUGGAACUGUGGCUGUGAACUAUGAUGAUGUGUACAGGGGUCACCAUUACUGGGCGCUGCCAGUGCAGGCUGUGAUGUCUCAAGGUGGUCUGAAGAACGAGAUCAUGUCUCGGGAGAUCAUCGAGAUCGGCUUCUACUCUCAGUCGAAGGUGGUCGUCCGCGACAGGAAGAACCGCACCAAAAUUAUGGAAGUUGAUUUCUGAACUAGGUUUUGAUAAUAUGUAAUAAAUUUUGUAUGUAUUUUUAUACAA